CGAAAAUUGAUCAGUUUCAGAAAAUGAGUAGCUGCAUUGUAGAAUAGAAUUUGCUGAGUCCUCUGCUUGUCUUGGCAAUGAGUAUUCCCUCUGCAUCUUGGAAGCCGGCCUCAGUCGUGCUAGAGACCAAUCUGGGCAAUAUCACAAUCGAGCUGUAUUGGGACCAUGCACCAGUCACAUGUCGCAACUUUGCAGAGUUGGCCCGUCGUGGUUAUUACAACCGCAUCAAGUUCCACCGUAUCAUCAAGGACUUCAUGAUUCAAACGGGAGAUCCAACCGGUACCGGGAAGGGUGGAGCGUCGAUCUACGGACAAACGUUCAAGGAUGAAAUCCACAAAGAUCUCAAACACACUGGAGCCGGUGUUCUCUCUAUGGCCAACAGUGGUCCGAACACGAAUGGAAGUCAGUUUUUCAUCACCCUUGCGCCUACACAAUGGCUGGACGGCAAACAUGCUAUAUUUGGACGAAUCAGCAAUGGCAUGGGAGUUGUGAAGCGCCUUGGACUGGUUGUGACGGAUGAUAAGGAUCGACCAGUUGAUGAGCACUUGAUCAUCAAGGCAUAUCCAGAGGAUGACUGAUGUGGACAUGAGACCAGGCUAUUAUGCGUGUUGGCCCUUGACUGUGUACGCUGUGUCUGCACAACACAUUUCCAUCGCCAACGACACUAUUAGAGAGAUGUUUCGUGAGGAGGGGUGGCGUCGUUCUCUGCCUCCUGUUGACAGCUUCCCGCAUCAGCAUACCAGUAUGUACUCGUGCUCUGCUGAUCACACCUGUACUGCGGUGAACCUCCCGACUGGGCCUGAGGUAUGAUCACGAUUGUGCAAUGAUUUGUUCAAGUCCUGCGGCACGAGUACGAGGCGUCAAAUGUUGAGACAUGUACGUGUCCUCAUUGCAGGAAUGAUUAUUGAUCAGGGUAUCUCUCUCCCUCUCUCUUCACUGUUGUGAUGCCACUUCAACCUAGACUAGAGAGGAGGUCGCCACACUUUGGGACCCUACUUGCAUUUUCAUCAUCGAAUCAAACAUGUGUCAGCUAUGAUUGUGCUAGGACGUUUUCAACAGGGUUCCUCAGUGCUGAUGAGAGCCUGAUACGAGCCCUGCCCCAUUGACUGGCACCUUGACCCAGCAAGGGUCUCUCUUUUCUUUCUGCUUACUGUUCAGUAUGAUUUUUUUCUUGGAAAGCUCUUUUCAUUCUA